UUUUCCUUCUGAUUUUCCAUUGUUUUCUAGACAGCCAAACGGAGAUUUGUUCGCUUUGUUUAUACACCAUGAAAGAACUCUAGUGCUGGAAAUUAGUCCAAACUGUUUGAGUUUGCGUCCUCAUUUUAGAUUCUAAUCCCAGAAAUCUCUGCUAAACCCUAGGGAAACAGUCAAAAACCAUGUCAUGCUAUAAUUUAUCGACAUGGGUAUCCUCAAAACCUUCAAUUGACGGCACUUCUUCUCUCUUUUCCCAAUCUCAGCUCAACCAAUUUAGUCUACCUCACUGUAUUCAAUUCCCAAAAACUGUUUUGCGAUAUUCAACAGUGGUUCGAUGUGGCCUCCGUGAAGUCCGAGAGCGAAUCGAGACUGUGAAGAACACCCAUAAAAUCACCGAAGCGAUGAAGCUCGUUGCGGCUGCAAGGGUCCGGAGAGCCCAAGAAGCAGUGAUUAACGGUAGACCCUUUGCUGAAACCCUAGUUGAAGUUCUGUACGAAAUCAAUGACCAAUGCCAAUUUGAAGAUGUAGAUGUUCCUCUGACAAAUGUUAGGCCUGUCAAGAAAGUUGCACUUGUUGUUAUCACAGGUGAUAGGGGUCUUUGUGGAGGUUUCAACAAUUCAAUUCUCAAAAAAGCGGAGUAUCGGGUCGCUGAAUUGAAGAAUCUCGGUUUAGAUUACACUGUAAUUAGCGUUGGAAAAAAGGGUAAUUCGUAUUUUCGGAGAAAGCAUCGUGUAAUGGUGGAUAGGUUUAUUGAAGGAAAGAGUUUUCCAACCGCAAAAGAAGCUCAGGUUAUUGCCGAUGAUGUGUUUUCACUAUUUGUGAGUGAAGAAGUUGACAAGGUUGAGCUUUUGUAUACCAAGUUUGUGUCAUUGAUUAGGUCUGAUCCGGUAAUUCACACAUUGUUGCCAUUAUCUGCAAAGGGUGAGGUUUGUGAUGUGAAUGGGAAAUGUGUUGAUGCAAGUGAAGAUGAGUUCUUUAGGUUGACAACAAGGGAAGGAAAAUUGGCUGUGGAGAGGGAUAGUGGGAGGGUAAACAGAGCAACAUUUUUGCCUAAUUUGCAAUUUGAGCAAGACCCAGUUCAGAUUCUCGAUGCAUUGAUGCCUCUUUAUUUGAAUAGUCAAAUUUUGAGGGCACUGCAGGAGUCUUUGGCAAGUGAGCUUGCAGCUAGGAUGAAUGCAAUGAGUAAUGCAACGGACAAUGCUGUGGAGUUGAAGAAGACUCUUUCAAAUGCUUAUAAUAGGGAACGGCAGGCUAAGAUAACAGGUGAAAUAUUGGAGAUUGUUGCUGGAGCGGAGGCACUUAUGUAGCUCUUCGUUUUUCUUUUUUUACUUCCCAUGUUCUUAGGUUUGGCCUUGAUACUCAUUAAUUAUACUUGCUUUAGAAUAUCAUUGCUUAGAAUGAAACCACCUGUUAAUUGCUUCAUUCCGAAGAGGAAUUUUUUUUUUCUUGGUAAGAAACUCUAAAGUUGUAUCAGUUCAAGUAUUACAAGUGUUUUCUCCAUGCUGCAUCUACGUUAUCCUACUUUUAUCCUACU